AUGGAGAUACAUCGGGGAUUUUGGAAUAAAGUCAGUCAAAACUGCUGGGAGGUCAGGGGCAAGACAUUGGGGAUCGUCGGAUACGGCCACAUCGGCUCUCAGCUGUCGGUAUUGGCGGAAGCCAUGGGCAUGAAAGUGAUAUAUUACGAUGUGGUGAGUCUGAUGGCGCUUGGAACGGCACAGCAAGUCUCUUCCCUGGACGCACUUCUGGCAGAGGCCGAUUUCGUAACUCUCCAUGUUCCGGACCUGUCCGAAACCCGGAACAUGAUUUCCCACGCGCAACUUUCAAAAAUGAAGGCAGGGUCGUAUCUCAUCAAUGCAAGCCGCGGAACAGUUGUUGAUAUUCCUGCUCUAAUCGAUGCCAUGUCAUGCGGUCACAUCGCUGGCGCGGCACUUGAUGUGUAUCCUAAUGAACCAGCAGCUAAUGGCGAGUACUUCAACAACAAUCUCAAUGCGUGGGGCGAACAACUUCGUGCCCUCAACAAUCUUAUCCUUACGCCUCAUAUUGGUGGGAGUACUGAGGAGGCCCAGCGGGCAAUCGGCAUUGAGGUUGGAGAAGCCCUCGUGCGUUAUAUAAAUGAAGGGACAACCCUUGGAAGCGUGAACCUCCCUGAAACGAACCUGAGGUCUCUCACAUCUGACGAACCUGACCAUGCGAGGGUUAUCUACAUUCACCAUAACGUGCCCGGCGUAUUAAGGAAGGUUAACGCAAUUCUUGGUAACCACAAUGUCGACAAGCAGAUCAGUGAUAGCAAAGGCGAGACUGCGUACCUCAUGGCGGAUAUUAGUGAUGUCAAGGCUCAUGAUCUUAAGGAGAUCUCUGAACAACUUGAUGCACUUAGUUCUCGAAUACUUACCAGGAUCUUGUACUGA